GUACAUGUUAGUGGGGGGCUCGCUUUGAAGGAGGAGGAGAUCUAGUGAGAGGAACACAGCGCCCCCGGUCUUCGCUCAUAGCCGGCUGGGGAGGUCCUGCAAUCUGACAGCCAAACAGAAAAGGGGGGAGAAAGGAGGAGAAAAAAAAGCAGCCUGAAAAGGGUAUCAUAUGCUCUGCAAGAGGUGUCCAUUAGGGAGCUCCCUGAUACUGAUAUGGUGCAUAAAGUUUAAAAUCAGCUGAUGUUCACGAGGAACAGGGUCACGUGAUGUAUGAAGGCAAACACAUACACUUUUCUGAGGUUGACAACAAGCCCCUUUGCUCCUAUAGCCCGAAGCUUUGUAAGCAGCGAAGACUCAAUGGUUACGCCUUCUGUAUCCGCCACGUUCUUGAGGAUAAGACUGCACCUUUCAAGCAAUGUGAAUAUGUGGCCAAGUACAACAGCCAGCGUUGCACCAACCCCAUCCCCAAAUCUGAGGACCGUAGGUACUGCAAUAGCCAUCUACAGGUUCUUGGAUUUAUUCCAAAAAAGGAAAGGAAGAAAAAGAACGAUGCACUGGAGGAUGUGAAGACCAAGCAUCAGAUGGAAACCAUGGCUUUUAGCCUUACAGUGCCACCCUUGGCGUUGAAGAUGCCUAAUGGACAUGAUGGGCUGAAUCUCUCUCCCCCAGGGGCCAGGCUUCCAAUUCACUACUUAGAAACUGACUUGGAAGAUCCUUUCAGUUUUGAGGAAGAAGAGGAAGAGCUAAAGAAAGGGACAUCUGUGAAGAAAAAGCUCCAGAGCAAACUGGCUCAGAACUGGCAGCGCCUAAGAGAGACAGAAAUUGUAAAUGUUCAUCAAGAGCACUUUAUCCCUCAUCCUGCACAUUCUCCACUUCAAUCUCCAUCUUUGCAGGAGCAGCACACACUUGUACAGCCAAUUUCAACAUUGCCGAAACCCACAGGGUUGCCACAGAAUCUGGUCUGCAAGUCACCUCAACCAUCGAACAUCAGCCAACCAGUACAGGGAGCAUCACCUGUCACACACACAGUAGCACAAACAAGGCAUCAGUCUAGCAAGAGACCUUUUCCUGUCUUACCUCCCGUUACAGAAUUGCCACGGAAUGACAGGAUCCAGUUGGCAGCCACAGCCUUACCAGCUUACUCAUCUUAUGUGAGCCGUCUGCAGAGACUAGUAAAACUGUGCACAAGAAAGCAGCAGCUGGACACAGAUUUGUUCCCACAUUUUGGUCUGGACUGGUCAGAAGACAGUGGAGAAGAGCAGGAGGACAGUGACCAAUCAUCCCCAUACCGCACUGCAUGGUCAUUUAGAGAAAGUUUCCGAUAUGACUGCAAAAAGCUGGAUAUUGAGGAAGCGCACAGUAGGAGCUCCAGGAUUGCACAACUUUGCACUUACUUUCAGCAAAAAUACAAGCACCUUUGCCGCCUGGAGCGAGCAGAAUCCUGUCAGAAAAAAUACAGACACACAUUCCGGAGAGCCUUACAGCAGGCUGCCCACAGAGAAUCCGAGACCACAGGGCAGCUGCUUCAGGAACUGCGAACAACCACAUGCAUAAGGACCAGGCCAAUUCAACCGGAGCUGAGAGGGACAGAAGUAACACUGUGCAGUGCAACUAUAAGCAACGGGGCAUGUCGGAACAGAGCCCUCCCUUAUACGCGCAACUGCUUUCAACAUAUCUUGUCCAACAGCUCCCAGCAGCUUUUUUCUAGUUGCACAGCAAAGUUUGCAGAUGGCCAGCAAUGUUCUGUGCCUGUUUUUGAUAUUACACAUCAGACUCCAUUGUGUGAAGAACAUGCCAAGAAAAUGGAUAACUUCUUGCGCGGGGACAAUUCACGUAAAGUUCAGCACCAGCAACAAAGGAAACCCAGGAAAAAGACCAAACCCCCUGCACUUACCAAAAAAACCAAGAAGAAGAGGAGGCGAGGUCCACGACGGCCUCAGAAACCUAUUCCACCUGCUGUGCCGCAGGGCAAUCUAUGUAUGCCCAGCAGCCUUUCACUGCCAGUGGAGGUCUCUAGUAUAAGGAGUCCUUCCACUCCAAACCUGAGCACAGAAGAGCUGCCUGAUGACAUCACUAGUGAAAUUACGGACAUUCCCCAUGACUUAGAGCUCAACCAGGAGGACUUCUCAGAUGUUUUGCCACGUCUGCCUGAUGAUCUACAAGACUUUGACUUCUUUGAAGGCAAGAAUGGUGACCUUCUUCCUACUACAGAAGAAGCUGAAGAGUUGGAGAGGGCCCUGCAAGCAGUUACAUCUCUGGAAUGCUUAAGCUCAAUAGCAGUGCUAACUCAAGCUGACAAUGCAACUGGCCAAGACCUGUCCGAUCGUGGGAUAUCUGCGUUCUCAACAGGUUCUGGUGGUUCAGUAAUACAAUCAUUGAGUCGGGAAGAUCACCCAGACCUUGGAGAUCUACUCAAUGGGCAUAUAGGUCAUAACUUUGCCAGUCUAGAAUUGGAUGAGAACCUACUUGGUUCCACUACCUUAUCCAACCCAUCAGCAACCCUGAGUGGACAUAUUCAGGGACAGUUUUCAUCACCUGCCAAUGUUGGCCUUAGUUCUGCCACUUUAAUAAGCCGGAGCUCACUUGACGAGAGAGCUUUACCGGGUACGUUUCAUGGUCUUCAUGAAGGUAACCGUGCAAGGCAGAGGACACUCCAGGCAGAGAUCUUGAGCAAGGCAGAUGAUCUAAUCACCUCACAGCAGCAAUACAAUAGUGACCAUUCACAUUCUUCACCCCAAGGAAGCCAUUAUGACAGUGAGCAUGUUCCCUCUCCUUACAGUGACCAAAUUACAUCCCCACAUACCACUUCCUACUCUGCUGACAGUUUGUCUGCUACCUUCUCUUCAGAUGUACCUAUUAUUACACAGCACUUACUAACCACCCAGCUGGAUAUGCCUCUGAGUGGAGUGGUGAACCGAACUCAUUGGGGCAAUCUACCCAUUAAUCUAAGUGAUCCAUCAGGUUUUAGUGCAUUUAUCACUUCUGAUGGACACCUGCUUUCAACAUCUUUGUCCACCCCCCCGGCUACUUCUCAUUCAGAGACAACACAGCCUACCUUCUCCACUGUGACCCCCAACAGCUCUAAUAUGCUUCCAGGGUUACCGCAGAACAGCUUUAGUGGCCUAAGCCCCCCAGCCUCUGAACUCAUGGACUCUGUAUCCCUCAAACACCAGCUCCCUCAGUUCAUUGCAGCAUUUGGCCAUCAGCUGACCUCUCAUAGUGGCAUCCCCAAAGACCUUCAACCCAGCCAUAGUUCCGUUGCUCCUCCCACAGGAUUUUCUGUAACAGGUGCCACAGCUACAACCACCACCAAUGCUUCCUCCUCUUUUGCAAGUCCAAACUGAGUACAUGUUUCAUGAUUGGAUGGAAGGGAAAUUGCCCCUGUAAAUUUUUACUUGUUGCUCUUUCAUUCCUUCUGGAAUAUUUGUUCCCUUCUAACACAAUAUUGCAGAAUGGAGAAAUUUUUCUCUGCACUGUAUUUUUUUCGUGCUGUGCAAGCACUGGUGCUCCUAAUAUUUGUGUAGGCCCACUUCUUUCACCGUAUUUCUCUUCAGUGGAGUGACACCGGGUUCUGACAUAUUGCCUGCUUAUUCCAGGGAACAUACAUUUGUUUCAUUUAUUACCUGUUCCAAAUACUAUGGCUUUACCUAGGAGAUGAAAAUGAUUAGUGAUCGCAGGGCAAAUAAACAACCGUGGCAGGGGACACAAAUAUAAUUGGAGAGCUGUACAAAUCUGCAUUCUUUGAAAUGAUUUGUUGCAGUACAAAACAAGAGUAAUUUCCUGUAUCUGUCCAGCAGUUUUGAUCUUGUGAAUUUGUGUGUAUGCGCGUGCGUGUUCUGAAUUCUGGAGAAGAGCCCUGCAGAACACUUGACAAAUAAUGUUGGCACUAUUUUCCCUUCCAAAGGCAUCCAUUCCUUUCUCUGUUUUGGCCUUAAAAUGACUUUGGAUCUUACCUCAGAGUAAACAUUAAGGCUAAAGAUCGGAGGUGAAGGUAGCACUAACCGUUUAUAUCACACAGUGCUAGUCUGGGACAAAUAAAUAGAAUGCAACAGUAUGGAAGAUAAUUCUACUGUGAUGUUUUAAUUCUGGCUUAGAACAAGUUUAAUUUUUUCUUCCCAUCUUCAUCCUCAUCAUUCGUUUUAUUUUUAACUCUGAUUGACAGUCUUAGCAUGGUGUUGGAUGAGUUUCAAUAAAAAUAAACAAAACUUUAGCCGAAAAUACGCUCUAUUGAAGUCUAAGGUAUACCUUACUUUAAAGGAGAAGGAAAGCUA